ACGUAUCUUCUGUUCUUGUUUUGGCAGUUUGUUUCGAUAUUCACGGAUUGCUAGUCCACCAACAAGGCGCUUUGUACUGGCAGUCUACACGAAGAUGCGAUGGUAUUAAAUGAGCAGUGACUGUAUGUGUAAGUGGGCCGAUUCAGGGAGCUGCUAGGCGUGGGUUCAACAUGGCAGAUGGAGGCAGCGACGACGAGGUCAUUCAUCUGGCGAGCUUCAAUGUCCACCGCAGCCAAGGUUCUCGUCCCAGGAAGAGGGAGCUCAUCACUAUUUCUGAUGAUUCUGACGAGGAGCCUGUAACUUUGGUACCCGGCAGCCCUGUUUUAGUUCCAGACGACGCAGAUGACGAUGACGUCAGCAUCCUGGAGGCGCUGACUCCCGCACGCAAACAUGUGAUUCGUCCAGCAGCGAAAUGGAGCGGAGCCUUACACAAACCAAUUCAUGAUACAGGUCAUAGUAGCGCAACUUCUGGGGUUCCCGCGGGGGACCCUGGUUCUGCCCCCUCUACCUCCAGAGAUGCCAAGGCGGCCUCCUCCGCGGUCAGGCCAGCCAUACGAACGCCAGUUCAGCCCAGCAAUUCUGCACACACACAGCCGCAGCCGGGCUCUGCGUCACACACACUAUCUCAGCCAAAACUUCACGCAAACUUUCAACAAAUGGACGGUACAUCUGCACAUGCAAAAGUGGAGCUCCAUGCAGUUUCUUCUUCAGUUCAAACGCUGUCUACCUCCACACAUGCCAAGGCCAGCUCCAUCGCAUCGAGAGCACCCGUACGAGAGCUCGUUCAGCCUAAGCCCAGCACAUCCGGACUCGUGCAGCAACAGGCCGGCUCUUCAGCACACUUAAUGGCGGAGCCCCAAGCAGGAACCUCCACCUGUGCCUCACAAUCUUCUUGCGCCGUUACAACGACCGCGUCAAGUUCUUCUACACAGACUCAAGAGAAGGCUGGUACAAGUACUCAUUCACAUGACAAUCCUCAGGCCAGCACUUCUUCUGCACAGUCCCACACACAGACUCAGUCUCAGCCCGGUACAUCUACACAGAUCCAGUCCAGUGGGACCACAAUCCUACAGCACCACCAAGUCAUCAAGGUGAAGGGGGUGAAUCUCGUCGUUCUUCCCCAUCAGCCGAGCAUUCAGGCCUCUGCUCUAAUAACCCAACCCCAGCUGCAUUUCAGGCCUCAAAACCUGCUGCAUCCGGUGUCCUUCAAUCACAUGCAAGGCAACCUCAUUCAGAUCGAACCUAAGCCCUUUGCUCAUACCCCGGCCCAAACCCCAGUCCAGGCCGUUCAACCCCUUCAGGUGACAUCGGUGAUCCCCCCUGCGGUCCUUGUAGCCACAGCCCCAGAGAGACUAGGCCCUCCAGAGGCAGGGCACCGGAUCAUCUUGGGAAGCCAGGCACCUGGCGGGGCUGUUCCCAAUCCCCCGUCAAACUCUGCCGGCUCCAGUGUGGGUGCGGCACGAGCAACCGGUUUCAACAUCAGGGUGCCUAACAUGCACUCAAACCCUUCUGUCCCUCCAGCUGCCGCAGCUUCAGUCCCGCACAAUGGGGAAGAGGCUCGUCUUGUUCUGGCUCCAGCUCUUAACCAUGAAAGGGUCAAUCCGGCUCCUGGUCUGGUCGCCGUCCCUCCUGCACCGGAGGAGAUUCCUCUCAUAGAGGACGCAAGACCUGGGCCCUCUGCACCACGAGAGAGGCCGGAGCAUCAGCCCCACAUCAGAGCGCUGAUCACUGGUGUUUUGGAUCUCCUUCCAGAUGUCCAAGAAGCCUUUGUAGCAGAACUAAUCCAAAAGAAUAAUGUGAAAGACUUGAAUGUUAUCUGUAACCUGCUGUUGGAGAACCCAGACUAUCCCAGAAGAGAGACAGCAGCCACAGCAGCUCCCACCAGCAUCCUACUCGAAUCUGGAGACAGCCAGACUGAGGUGACAGAGGACCUCUUUGACUAUUUCAAUCUGGGCACGGUGGGGCCUGAAGCUGUGAUGCAGGCUGCUGACUUGCUCAUGGCAGAUUUCAGGAUGCUCAGCUGUCAGGACAUCAAAUGGGCCCUCAACGCUCUCAAGGGACACUAUGCAAUCACACGCAAGGCCUUAUGUGAAGCUCUGAAGAAGUGGCAGGAUUCAGGCGACCCCUCAGGGAAGAGACGACGGAGCAGAGCCUCCUCUGAGCGCUGCUACAUCGACUUCCAUUUUGAGCGUGGCUCAACAAAGUUUGACAAGAGGAUGUAUUUCUUGGAGAACGACCGUCGCUACUGCCGGACGUACAGCAAUCUGGAACCUUCUCUGCAGAAGGAGCUCUCAUUCUACCAGCAGAAGGCCAAGGAAUGGGCAGAGCACGAGGACUUCCUCCUGGCUCUGCAGGUCAAUGAAGACGAAUACAAAAAGGACGGCCAGCUGAUCGAGUGCGGCUGCUGCUUCGGGGAGUUUGCGUUCGAGAAGAUGACUCAGUGUUCAGACGGACAUCUGUUCUGUAAAGAGUGCCUGAUCAAGUACGCUCAAGAGGCAGUGUUUGGCACCGGAAAGUCGGAGCUGAGCUGCAUGGAGGGGGGCUGCCCUUGCUCCUACCCGGUGUGUGAGCUGGAGAAAGUCCUCCCAGAAAACAUUCUGUGUAAAUAUUAUGAGAGGCAGGCGGAGGAGGCCGUCGCCGCCACCUGUGCUGAUGAACUUGUGCGGUGUCCGUUCUGUAACUUCCCAGCUUUGUUGGACAAAGGCAUGUCUCUGUUCAGCUGUCCCAACCCUCGGUGUCGCAAGGAGAGCUGCAGAAAGUGUCACGUCCAGUGGAAGCAGCAUGUGGGGAAGACGUGUGAGCAGGUCCUGGAGAGGGACGAGAUCCGCAUGAGGGUGCUCUUCGAGGAGCGAAUGACGGCGGCUCGAGUCAGGAAGUGUGUGAAGUGCGGGACGGGUCUGGUGAAGUCGGAGGGCUGCAAUCGGAUGUCGUGCCGCUGCGGCAGCUUCAUGUGCUAUCUCUGCAGAGAACCAAUCAACGGCUACAACCACUUCUGCCAGCACGCACGCUCGCCCGGAGCUCCCUGCCGCCACUGCCGCAAGUGCUCACUGUGGACCGACCCCACGCAAGAUGACGAGCGCAUCAUUCAGGAGAUCCAGAAGGAAGGCGAGGCCGAGCUGAAUAAGAAGAGUACAGAUAAUUCAGGGAAGAGGGUCGGCCCUCCGCCCGAGCCAAUCACAGAAGCCAAGAGGCCUCGCGUGGGUCCGCCCCCCGAAAACCCACCGAACCCCCCGGCCCCUCCCCAUCCUCAGGCGGUACAAGCGCCCCUGUUUGUCCCUCCGCGCGGCCGGUACCCACCUGGUCCGCCUCAGGCCCAGAUGUACCAUCAGGUGAUCCUGCCCCGGCUGCCCCCGGCCCCCUAUGUGCCCCCCCUGCAGCCGCUGCCCAUCCUGAACAAUAACAACAACCAUCACCACCAUCACCACCACAACAACGCUCCUGUUAACCCCCAUCACCACAACAUGGACAUGAUGGACCUGCCCAUGCACUACGGACCCCCGCAGCGCUACUACAGACGCUUCUAACACUCUCUCUUUGACGAGUGUGCGCAUUCCAGUGCAGUCGACUCGUCCAUGGACACACACACACACAUACACACACACACACACACACACACACACAUAGACAUGUACUUUUCAUUUCAGGCCUGUUAUUGAGACCGAUGUUAUUUUGUCUUUCAGUUUAUUACCUAUCGUCAUAGCUCAUGUGCAGAUUAUUCGAUUCCUUCAUCUCUGAGUCUGUAAAACAUACUAAAAUGGAAAGUACAAACACAUUUUGGACUUUGCCUUCUCCCGCUUAAUUCGGGACCUAAGUAGUGAAGUGGAUCUGUUCUUAUACUCAUCAUUUUCUGUUCGAUGUCGACGCUGAGCUGAAUGACAGUUUAGAAUCUUAAGACAAUUUAUUUCCGGUUUAUACAGAUAUUUUUAAGUACAGAAAAAAGAGAGUUAGCAUUCCCUUCUGUAUCUUUUUUGUGUGUGCGACCACACAUUUUUCUAAUAAAACAUUGAGUCACAUGUCUGAGUUAAAAAUG